AUGAUUGGGAAAGCGUUAGAAAUCAAAAAAUUAGUGGAUCAGGAAUUGCCAGAACAUCAUGGUUUCGAAUCGCAUAUGUUCAAGGUAAUCUUUUAUUUUUUAUUGAAAAUAAAAUUUUAAAUUGUAUAAGCCACGUGGAAAACGUGAAAUACUAAUUUUAAAAAUAAUUUCAUUUUUUGCAGAUAGGGAGCUAUAAUUCAUCAGUUUCUGAUCUUUUCACUCUCCCAUUUCCCGAAUCAACAAUGGCAUUACUCAUAUUAAGCACUCCAGAUAUGUUUGACGUGGCAUUUCGAAAAUGGAUUGUAAAUAAAACACAAGAAGAAUAUUCGGGAAAUUUUGAUGAGAUGACUGAAGAAUUAUCAUCGCCAAUUCAAAUGUUUCUUGAAGAUCGACUUGAAAAUUUGAAAGAUAAAUUGGAACUCGCUGAACAUCGACAUGAAAUAUUGCAUGAUUAUUCACUAACUCCACAACGUCGACCAAGAAUUCUUAUGCAAACAUGCGGACAUGUUGCGGGUGCUGCUUAUUAUUAUCAACCAAGACAUUUUGCGGAUUGUGAGGAAAAUUGGCCAUUGCCUGGAAAAAUGGGGCCAAAUUUGGUGAGUUUUUGUGAAUAAUUUAAUUAUUUCAUUCAUCGAACAUUUCUCAAUCAAUAAUUUUUUUGUUCAGAAAUUCAUCGGUUUAUCGCUUCACCCAGUUUAUGGUGGACAUUUCGCAUUUCGAAGUGUUUUGAUAUUUCCUGAUGUUCAAAUUCCGGAAUAUGUUGAAGAAGAACCAAAACCGAUUUUGACAGCGAAAGAAGAAGUUCGAGAAGCGUUGGAAAAAUUCAAUUAUAAUUGGAAGGAUUCUGGAUUUAGGUAAGGAAUUUGGGGUUUUAAAAAGGGCUAUCGGGAAGAAUUUUGGAUUAGUGCUUGAAAAUUAGGUGAAAACAAAUUUGAAUUGCGAAAAAUUUUAAAUUUACGAAACAUUCAUUUUUUUGUCGAUUAAACUUUGCAAAAAUUGUUAGGAAAAUUUUACGAAAUUUCACAUUUUUCAGAAAACAAUUUUUAACAUUUCAAAAUUUUCAGUUGAAAAAAUCAACCCCCCCCCCCCCCCCAAAUCAAAAUCAGAUCCGCUCAAAAUCCCAACAUUUUCUAAUUUCCAGAGACUUUGGCUGUCCAACCCAUCGCUAUUCUGCAACCCAAAUGGAAUUCUUCGGUCGUCCAGUCUCCGAACGUUGGGAAGUUCUUCGACCAUGGAUUGAUGGACAACCAAGAAAUCUCAAAAAUCAAACAAAAAAUUGA